UAUAAACCUAACGGAGCAACAAAAAGGAAAACAGAAAAAAAGAAGAUCUCGUCGCCGCUCAUCUCCCUCCUCCUCCGAAGCAGACGAUCGAAGACAAUUAGGGUUUCUGCCGUGAGCGUAAGAUGAGGGAGAUCAUAAGCAUUCAUAUAGGACAAGCAGGGAUCCAAGUUGGAAACUCGUGCUGGGAGCUUUACUGCCUCGAACAUGGGAUCCAGCCCGACGGCAUGAUGCCCAGUGAUACAACGGUUGGUGUUGCGCACGACGCUUUCAACACUUUCUUCAGCGAGACUGGUGCUGGAAAGCAUGUUCCCAGAGCCGUCUUCGUUGAUCUGGAGCCUACUGUUAUCGAUGAAGUCCGUACCGGAACGUACCGUCAGCUUUUCCAUCCGGAGCAGCUUAUCUCUGGGAAAGAGGACGCUGCUAACAACUUCGCAAGAGGACAUUACACUGUUGGUAAGGAGAUUGUGGACCUUUGUCUUGACCGUGUGCGGAAGCUUGCCGAUAACUGUACCGGCUUGCAGGGGUUUUUGGUGUUUAACGCUGUUGGUGGAGGAACUGGUUCUGGUUUGGGUUCUCUGUUGUUAGAGCGUUUGUCCGUUGAUUAUGGAAAGAAGUCUAAACUUGGCUUCACCAUUUACCCUUCUCCUCAGGUUUCUACUGCUGUUGUAGAGCCUUACAACAGUGUUCUCUCAACGCAUUCUCUACUCGAACACACCGAUGUUGCUGUCCUCUUGGAUAACGAAGCCAUCUAUGAUAUCUGCCGCAGAUCCCUUGAUAUUGAGAGGCCUACCUACACGAACCUCAACAGGUUGAUCUCCCAGAUCAUAUCUUCCUUGACAACAUCUUUGAGGUUUGAUGGAGCCAUCAAUGUGGAUAUCACUGAGUUCCAGACCAACCUUGUCCCCUAUCCCCGUAUCCAUUUCAUGCUGUCGUCCUACGCUCCGGUCAUCUCGGCCGCAAAGGCCUACCAUGAGCAGCUAUCGAUCCCUGAGAUCACUAAUGCUGUGUUUGAGCCAGCUAGCAUGAUGGCCAAGUGUGACCCAAGGCACGGGAAAUACAUGGCCUGCUGUUUGAUGUACCGUGGGGACGUUGUUCCCAAAGAUGUUAAUGCUGCUGUUGGUACUAUUAAGACCAAGAGGACUGUUCAGUUUGUCGACUGGUGCCCUACUGGUUUCAAAUGCGGAAUCAACUACCAGCCUCCAACAGUUGUCCCAGGAGGUGACCUCGCUAAGGUUCAGAGAGCGGUGUGCAUGAUCAGCAACAACACAGCAGUUGCGGAGGUGUUUUCACGGAUCGACCACAAGUUUGAUCUCAUGUACGCGAAGAGGGCCUUUGUUCACUGGUACGUGGGUGAAGGAAUGGAGGAAGGUGAAUUCUCUGAGGCACGUGAAGACUUGGCCGCACUGGAGAAGGACUAUGAAGAGGUGGGUGCUGAAGGUGGAGACGAUGAAGAAGACGAAGGUGAAGACUACUGACCACUUUCUUCUCUCGAGCGAUGUGCAAUUAAAACGUUUAUUCAGAUUUCUGUUUCUUGUUGGUUACAUGUUUCUUUUUAAUUCAUUGCAUUCCCUGUUUUUAUCUCGGUUCAAUUCAUUUGGUAAGUCGACCAUUGUGAGUUACACCAGAGUUCAUUAUCAAGCCUUUUGUUGUACCAAACCUUUCAUUAUCUUCUUACAAUGUCCAUUUUUUUUUGCUUUAG